UGACACGCCGCCGCUGUCAGGAGGGUGGAUGCCGAGAGCUGGAAAUGACCUAGAGGCCUUACAGAUACAUUUGUGCAUUUGUCGCUCUAAUCUGCAUCCGCAGAGGACGGCAAGAUCUGGAAGCACACUUGUUUCCGCAGUGAGUAAUAUCUACCUCAGCCAGCAGACGGGGGACAGACCAGGAAGCUGCCGGAGACUCCAGACAGGCAGACAGAGCUAUCAGCUGGCCGCUCGCUCACUGCCUGCCCAGAACUGCUUUGUAAAGAGGAUUUGAGACGGACUGGAUCUGUCUGCCCUCCGCCUCCCACUGCUCCUCUGCAAAAGAAAUAACGAAGGCCCAUCCUCUGACGCCAGCAUUUAUUCCAUUUAUUUUUGUUUUUUGGUCAUCAUUUUCCCCUUUCGUGCUGGUGACCAGUGUGCCGCUUUCGUGGAUGCAUUUUUUUGCUUUGGCUUUUAAGAUAAUUUUCUACCUUUACUAGUGCAGGCUGGCAUAGGAUUUUGUAAAUACAUAUGCUCUAUUAUGUCUGAAGGAUUUUGUCUUGUGUCAUUCUGAAGGAAAGCUAAUGCACUUUAAAACUCGGCUGUAACAGCUUUCCUCAUCUAUUAUGAUAAUCCUGGUUGAGGAUCUGGGGGUGUGUCUUUGUUGUUGUUGUUUUUUUAAGCUGGGUGUGAUGUAUCUGCAGCAGGGCUGCAUGUAAGCAUUCUACUCAGCCCGCCAUUUCUUUGAUCACCUGUUUUUGUGCUGCCUCUCUUAAAGGCACACUGAAAUGAACCUCUGGCAGGUCGCAUCCCUGAGCUGUCUCUCCACUUAACUAGAACAGUGUCGGGGCUGUUGGAUUCAGUGUUUUAGUAAAACUGACAAGAGCACUUUUUUGGCGGAAAAACAAGCUACAACAAAGAGGAGCUUCCGGUGCUGUUGCACCACCUAUGUAUUGUUGUAGUGCGCAGGAAAGUAAAAUGGACUACAAGCGUCGCUUUUUGCUCGGCGGGUCCAAGCAGAAAGUGCAACAGCACCAGCAGUACCAGAUGCCUGAGCUGAGCCGGACCCUUAGCGCCUCUCUGGCUUCCUCUUGCUCUGCCUCUUCCCCCAUGGGCACCGGGGUCGGGAUUCCUGGCAGCUGCCACCCGCCUCCCUCUGGCACCACAACUGCCAUCGCUGACAUCCAGCAAGGCAUCUCCAAAUAUUUGGACGCCCUCAAUGUGUUUUGCCGGGCCAGCGCCUUCCUCACAGACCUGUUCAGCAGCGUGUUCAGGAACUCUAACUAUUCCAAAGCAGCUAUGCAACUGAAGGACGUGCAGGAACACGUCAUGGAGGCGGCCAGCAGGCUGACUGCAGCAAUAAAGCCCGAGAUCGCCAAGAUGCUGAUGGAGCUGAGCGCCGGGGCCGCGAACUUUAAAGACCAGAACGACUUCAGCCUGCAGGAUGUCGAGGUGCUGGGUCGGUGCUUCCUCACGGUGAUGCAGGUCCAUUUCCAGUUUCUAUCCCAGGCUCUGCAGAAGGUCCAGCCUGUGGCUCAGUCCUGCCUGGCUGAGGCUCUUGCCCAGGCCCAGGAGCGCUGCGCCAACGCCCGCUCCCAAAGCUCCGACCUCGGGCCCCUGACGGAGCUAGACGAAGCCUCUCGCUCAUGGAAAGGUGCAGCUGAGGCCACGGCGAGGCUGAGAGAGAGGGGCCGUGACGGCUGCCUGGCAGGCAUCCAGGUUCAGCAGCUCUUCUGCUCCAACAACACCACCAUCCCCGAGCACCAGCUGAAGGAGCUCAAUAUGAAGAUUGAUACCACAUUGCAGGCCUAUAGAGCAGCUUUGGAGAGUCUGGGCCACAGUGAGUACGCUCUGAAGGCGGGCUUUCAUCUCAGCCCUAAAGCUGUGGAGGCAGCCUUACAGGGCUGCUGUGGCGAGGCGGAGGCCCAGCAGGCGGGGAGGAUGCAGACCACCUCCCAGCCCAUCCAGUGUGAGCUGCCGACCAUCCCGGUGCAGAUCGGCUCACACUUCCUCAAAGGAGUGUCCUUCAAUGAGUCAGCGGCGGAAAAUCUUAAACUAAAAACGCACACGAUGCUGCAGCUCAUUAAGGAGGUGCUGGGACAGAAUGGAGUGACCCCCAGGGACGACUCUCCGGUUACAGAGGUCCUGAACCAGGUCUGCCCAUCCAGUUGGAGAGGAGCCUGCAAGACGGCCGUCCAGCUGCUGUUUGCUCAGGCUGGCCUGGUCGUCGUGGAUACUGCUCAGAUUGAGAACAAAGAGGCCUAUGCUCCUCAGAUCACUCUGGAAGGAUCCAGGGUGGUGGUCCAGGUUCCCUCUACGUGGUGUCUGAAGGAAGACCCCGCCACUAUGUCCCUGCUCCAGAGAAGCCUGGACCCGGAAAAGACACUGGGACUCGUAGACGUCCUUUACACAGCAGUGUUUGACAUAAACAGGUGGAAGGAGAGAAAAGAGCAAACCCUGCCGACUAUUCAGAUCCAGCUGCGAGAGAACCCCGACUACGGCAGCCAGGCAGACUUACCUGCAGGUACCAGCUCCAAAACCUCCAGUGGACUACCAAAAACGAUCUAUAAGCUGACUUCCAAGUUCACCAAGAAGGUCUCAUCCAGCUCCAACACUGGAGGCAGCUAUUCAAUCCCAAGUACGCCCUCUCGAAGUAUGCUGACGAGCAGUAGCUCCGAGGACAAGGCCAAAGGCCUGGGCCACGGGGACGGGAGGCUGCAGAGCAUCCUACAGCUGGGCAGCCUGUCCUGCACCCCGGACCCCACCCAGCAAAUCCAGUUGGCUAACGGCUUGGUGUCUGAGGACCAGGGGAUGAACCUGCCCACCGACCAAGAGAUGCAAGAUGUCAUUGACUUUCUCUCAGGUUUCAACAUGGGCAAAUCCCAGCAGGCCUCGCCUCUGGUCAAGAGGAGGAACUCGGUGGCGUCGGCCAACCCCGCUGAGCUGAAACCUCCCAGCGGUCAAGCAGCUUCCCAACCUGUGUCUCACAGUGCCCUGCAGCCCCAAGCCCAGUCCCUGCCUCCGCAGCCGCCCCCCUCGUCGGUUCAGAAGCAGCAAGCUCAGCCUCAGUCGCAGCCACCUCCUUCCCAGCAGCCCCAGCCCCAGCAGCAGCCCCCGCCUCCGCAGCAGCAGCCCUCCCCACAGGCCCUGCAGUACUACCAGCACCUCCUGCAGCCCAUCACCCAGCAGCAGGCUCCUCCUCCCCCUCCUCCGCAGCUUCCUCCUCCACAAACCCCCCCACAGGUCCUACCGCAGCAGAGGGUGGCCAGCAAGUGGCUGGGCGGCUCCGGGCAGCAGCAGCCUCCGCCGCAGGGCCCCCCGGCAGGGCUGUCUCCCCUGGGGCCCAUCGGGCAGUGGGGGUCUCCCGGACUGCCGGACCUCAGCUCGGACCUGUACAGUCUGGGCCUGGUGAGCACCUACAUGGACACCGUCAUGUCGGAGAUGCUGGGCCAGAAGCCGCAGGGGCCCCGCAACAACACCUGGCCCAACAGGGACCAGAGCGAAGGCGUGUUCGGGGUCCUGGGAGACACGCUGCCCUUCGACCCGGCAGUUGGCUCCGACCCAGAGUUUGCACGUUAUGUUGCCGGCGUCAAUCAGGCCAUGCAGCAGAAACGGCAGGUGCAGCAGAUCCGGCGGCCCAGCAACACGCGCAGCAACUGGCCAAUGCCUGAUGAGCAGCACCGGACCUGGCCCCACCCAGAGUACUACAGCGAGGGUGAGGCGGUGAACAGCAGCUGGUCGGCCAAUCAGGGAGACUCGGCCAGCUCCAGCGAUGAGACGUCUUCAGCCAACGGCGACAGCCUCUUCUCCAUGUUUUCUGGGCCGGACCUUGUAGCAGCAGUUAAACAACGGAGAAAACACAGUUACGGAGAGCCAGAGGUGUGCACGCUGCCUUCACCCCCCCUCCAUCACAUCGGCGAUGAUAACCAGGACAGCAAAACUAAAACCUGGCCCCCCAAAGCGCCCUGGCAGCACUCCGCUCACACCAACACCAUGCCCAAUCCCAGCUCUUCCUUGUACCAGAUGAACAUCCCUCCUUCCUCUCAGUGGAGCGACUCCAUGCAGAUGCUGCAGUCCCCGGUGUGGUCCACCGCCAGCGACUGCUCCCCCUCCGCCGGCAUCUCCUCUGGUGGCAUCUCCUCCGCCGGCAUCUCCUCCGGCUACCCCUUCAACCAACAGCAGCAGCAACACAAACCCAUGACCAAGGGCUUCAAAUCCUUCCCCCUCAAACACGAGCACAGGCCCUCGUACCUUCACCAGUACUGAUCAGAGCAAGUCCACGGUGAAGUUCCCCCCCCCGAGACCUGCAGUUCUGUCGACAUGAGCCACUGAGUGGGCCAGGCUGCAGCCGGCGCGGCCCGCGCCCACCGAAUCGAAAGAUUUUAAACCCUUAGAGGCAAUGUUAUGUACACACACUGGCUCGACAUUUUCUAUCUAUAUUUUUCCAUGUCAAACAUCCCCAUUUAUACAAAAAAAAAAAGAAGAAAAAGUUAAAAAAAAAUAUGUAUUUUCAAGUUUUCUUUUCUUUUUGUUGUGGAACUGCCAUGUUUUAACUGCGAGAGAGGUGCAUGUGCCAUGCUGGCCGCAGUUAGUCUAGUGGUCGUUUCUCUGUCUGUUGAGCUUUUCCUCAGACAAGAGCUGGAGACGUGUAGGCCGUCACCCACUUGCUUCUGCAGCUGAAUGCGUGCAUGCGUGCGUGCAUGCAUGCGUGCGCGCGUGUAGAGGAGGGGGGUCAUGAGACGGCGAGGGCUUGAGACGGUUCUCAUUCUGCCCAUAAUAAAUAUACUGUGUCUACAUAGCUGUAACUGCCAAAUCUCUCGCAAGAUGACUCAGAGUACAGCUACCCAUCUACUGUUUCAUAGCUUGUAAAAUACUGAAGUUGAAAUAUAAAUAUUUAGUUCUUUUUAUCAAGAGGCUUUGAGCAGGCUCAGCAUAAAUAUAGUAAGUCACUGCAGAGGUGUAAUUUGAGAGAAAGACACUACUUUUUCAUAAACUGACCAGUUAAGAACUAUAGCUGUAACUAUGUGCCAUGUCGGUAUUGAUUAGCACUUGCAGGAUAUCAUUCACAACCAAAGUGUUGAUCGGGUCACGAACAACGCUGAGGAGGUGUGAGGCAGUCUGGAUUAUUGAUAAGCAGGAAGUUACAAGCUCCUUCGGUUGAGAGCACUGGGAAACAUCUUCAUCUGCUCCUCUCUAAUUGCUAAUUGGCGGUUUUUUUCUCAAGAUUGACACACACUCCCAUAAACCUAACAUUUAUUCUGUUUAUUAAUACAUUAUUUUUGUGUACAAUUAUUGACAGUAUUAAUCUUAUUUUUGUAUUUUCUUACAUGUUAUACCAUAACUGUAUGUUAGUGUUGAAGACAUAUUACAUUAUUUUCCACCUCCCAAUAUGUGAAAAAGCACAUUUUUUUCCCUUCCUAGAGUUGAACUACACCAUUUAUCUACAAAGGUUACCAAAUAUGCCAUGCUAAACACUAAAACAUUGUGUGACGGGGUUUUUUUUUAGCCCUCCUUCCUUCGGUUUCUAUGGCAAUGGGCUGCAUUUAAAAGCCCAGAAUGUUAUCCUUUUGUGAUGUUUGCGGAUGCCAAUGUUGCCUGUAUUUAUGAAAAGACACCAUGUUUUCAGAAAAACUAACAUACUUAACAUGUUUACAGAAGUUUGUUUGCUGUAUAUACAUAUAAAUAUAUAUCUUUUUAUAGUUAAUGUGCUUUGCACAAUCAAGAUAUAGGGUUUGUUGCUUUUUGUCUGUGUUAUCUCCCUAAUUGUUGCAGCCUUUUUUAAGACGUCAUGACAGACCUUGGACUGUAACUGUUAGCUUUUCAGCUGUGUCAAAUGGUUUACUAGUGGCUUCUAUAAAAGAUUUAAGAAAAAUAAUAAAAACACGUUGCCCUGAUUGAAGAUAUGAAGGGGGACUGCUUGGCUUCUGUUGCUUCUUGUUCUCUCGAGCUGGCAACUGACUCUUUCCAAGUGUACCAGCAAUGCAAAAAUAUUAAAAAAAUAAAAAUAACUAGCGAUUUGAAA